AUGUUGCUCUUUGUGGGGCAGGUAACAUCUAAAGGAACUGGUUUAAAUCCUAAUGUCAAAGUUCGGCAAGAAAUUCCUCCUGGAAGUAGUGAUGCCACUCCAGUAACUCAUGGAACCGAAAGCUCUUGGCAUGAAACAGCAGCCACAUCAGGGUCUCAUCCUGAGGGUAAUACAGAGCUUUCUGAUGAUACAUGUAAGGAAUAUGAAGUAAUGUAUUAAUCAUCUUGUGAAACCACAAGAAAUACUGCUGGCAUUGAAGAAUCAUCUGAUGGAAUGAUUUUAGGACCAGAAGAUCUGAAUUACCAAAUGUAUGAUGUUUUUGGAGAAAGCAAUUCGGCAAUUUCUACAGAAGACCUAAAAGAAUGUCUGAAGAAACAAAUAGAAUUCUGUUUCUCACGAGAAAAUUUGUCAAAGGAUCUUUACUUGAUCUCUCAAAUGGACAGUGAUCAGUUUAUCCCAAUUUGGACAGUUGCCAACAUGGAAGAAAUAAAAAAGCUGACCACAGACCCUGAUCUAAUUCUUGAGGUGUUGAGAUCUUCCCCCAUGGUACAGGUUGAUGAGAAGGGUGAGAAAGUGAGACCAAGUCAUAAGCGUUGUAUUGUUAUUCUUAGAGAGAUUCCUGAAACAACACCAAUAGAGGAAGUGAAAGCUUUGUUCAAAAAUGAAAAUUGUCCCAAAGUGAUAAGCUGUGAAUUUGCACACAAUAGUAAUUGGUAUAUCACUUUCCAGUCAGACACAGAUGCACAACAGGCUUUUAGAUACUUAAGAGAAGAAGUUAAGACAUUUCAGGGCAAGCCAAUCAUGGCAAGGAUAAAAGCCAUCAAUACAUUUUUUGCUAAGAAUGAUUAUCGACUAAUGGAUUCUAGUGUGUAUAGUCAGCCCAUUCAAACUCAAGCACAGUAUGCCUCACCAAUCUUUAUGCAGCCUGUAUAUAAUCCUCACCAACAGUACUCACUCUACAGUAUUGUGCCUCAGUCUUGGUCUCCAAAUCCUGCACCUUAUUUUGAAACACCGCUGGCUCCCUUUCCCAAUGGUAGUUUUGUGAAUGGCUUUAAUUCACCAGGAUCUUACAAAACAAAUGCUGCUACUAUGAACAUGGGUCGACACCAAAAAACUCAUGUGAAGCCUCACUUUAGGUCAUCCAGUGGUUUAGAACAGUCAACAGAGGGCUCUGUGUUAUUGGGGGAUGGACCAUUGAACAGCUCUAGUUCGAGUAACUUUACAACUGAAUGGCAUAACCCUACAGUAACAGGGCAUCGGGAGCAAACUUACCUCCUAAAGGAGACCCCCACUUUGCAGGUGGAACAGAAUGGGGACUACAGUAGGGGCAGGAGAACUCUUUUCAGAGGUCGAACACAACGGGAAGAUGACAGGCUCCCAAGACUCCAUCCCGCAACUGCUGAAGCAAAGGCUCCAACACCAAAGUUUGACUUAUUAGCCUCAAAUUUUCCUCCUUUACCUGGAAGUUCAUCGAGAGUACCAGGUGAACUUCCUUUGGAGAAUAGGAUGUCUGAUGUUAAAGGUGUCUACAAGGAAAAGGAUAAUGAAGAGUUGAGAAUUAGUUGUCCCGUGCCUGCAGAGGAUGAGGAGGCAGACUGUAGCUCUGCCCAACAGCUCAGUUUGAGUACAAGUCCUCCAUGUGUAGCUCAGCUUCCUGCAUUAAGUACAACUCAGCAAGAAGAGGAUCAAGUGCAGGAUUCCUCUGUUCAGAAGGAUGUUCUCAACCAGGCAACUUUACCAGUUUCUUCACCAAGUACUGCAAAGCCAUCAAGGACAAAUACUGCUUCACCAUGUAAUAGUAAUAUAAAUGCACCUGUAGCUGUGGCCCUAUAGGAACCCCGAAAGCUGAGUUAUGCUGAAGUGUGCCAGAAGCCCCCUAAAGAGCCAUCUCCAGUUCUUGUGCAGCCACUACGGGAACUUCGCUCCAAUGUAGUAUCUCCUACCAAAAAUGAAGAGAAUGGAAUUCCUGAGAAGUCCAUUGAGAAACCACAUGAGAGGCCUGAAGCAAGGGCUAGUAAAGAUUGUUGUGGCUUCCGAGGCAAUACCAUUCCCAGGGGAGCAGCUGGAAAAGUCUGAGAACAGAGACGCCAGUUUGGCCAUAGGUCUAUACCUCAGGGAGUGACUCGACGUAAUGGCAAAGAGCAAUAUGUGCCACCCAGAUCACCAAAGUAA